CCACAAAUGCUAGGGCAAGCCCAUUAAUGUUCCUCCAUGCCUAGCACCGAGCAUCACCGAAUCCGCUGUUUUCCCCUCUUCUUCCCCACUCCCCAGUCUGCUCUUCCGACCCAGGUCCGCGCUGCAGAUCCGCCGCCUUCGUCCGUCGAGCACAGGAGGCGCCACGGGGGAGCUCUGAAACAGAGUGACUGCCAAUUUCUGAAGGACCUUGGAACCAUGGCGACCAUGACCAGCGAACAAAUGGGGCCACCAGGUUCAGCAUCACCGACUAACCAUCAGCCCUUGGCGCUUGCUCAGGAUGAUUCAACGAUCAUCAGAAUUCCCUUCAGAGCCAUACUUGAUUUCGUGUUAGCAGAGCUGGGAAUCCCAGAGGCCGAAUACCAUCGCGAGAUAUUCUACGGAAACAAGAUCUGCGUCACCGUGCUCUUCGACGCCUCUACGAUCAAAGGAGCCCCCACCCAUAUGUCGAUAUCCGGAACAUAUUCCACGGACGAUGAAGUGGCAGAGGACACAGCUGCUCUUAAAGCCAUUGAGUCCUUAGAAACCACAGCCAAUGUGGUGAUCAGGGACUACAGUUACGACAAACUGAAACGGCUGGAGGAAGAAUCUGAGCGCCUGAUGGAGCAGUUGGAAGAAGCAAAUUAUUGCAUAUCCAAGCUUGUUAGGGGCUGGCUGCUUGCUGUCAGAUGUGUCUGUUCAUUCUCUCAUAGUCUUAAGCUACUCCUGGGCAAAGUAUCAUGGAUGAGAUUAUGAAUGCGGCUCUUCUCAGUGUCGAAGAAGUGGCUCGUUGACUAAGAUCUGUAGGCAUGCGAUGAGAUAACUUCCGGAGAAGAUCAAAAGCUGCUCUUAGGAAAAGACCCGUUGUAUCAUGAAUGCUAAGUCAUAUGUAAAUUAUUGUACUAAGUGAUCGUGCUAAAAUCGUACUAAAACUGCCAUUUUGCUUA